UUGUCGUACUCUGCCUCUUAUGUUUGCCGAUUUCCGACCCAAAAACUGCUUUCAUCACCCAAAUAACUGCCUUCAUUUAUGGUUAUCGUUUAAAUGGUUAAUUAUUGGUGCUUCUUGGCAACAGUUAUGGGCCAAAAACCGGUAAAUACGCGGCUCUGAGUACGAGAAUCUGGCAACGGUGGGGUCAAGCUGUACACAAACCGCCCGGACUCAAACGCGUAUGGUACAGGUGGCCGCGUACUUCCCUGCCUCCAGAGCGCUGUUUCCCGCUAAAUGGCGCCGCAGAGCCUCCAAGAUGUGGACUAAUUGUUAAAUAGUGUACUAAAAACAGCCAUUAAUACUCGUGGACAAGUGCCCCUGACCUGUUGGAACCUGUCCCCUUGUUUCCUUGCCCGCCAUUCAAGAUGUCCUUUGGCAGCAUGGGGCCGUUGUCCGGGGCGGGGCUGAGCCUGCCGGUGGAGGUGCUGGAGAUGGUGUUGGCGCAGCUCCCCCACGCCUUCCUCAUCACCACCUGCACCACCGUCUGCAAGCACUGGCAGGAUGUGAUCAGGAACCCCGCGUUUUUACCGUGGAAGAAGCUGUACCACUGCUAUAAGGUUGCUCCCACGACCCCAUGCUCCACCCUGCUCCUCCCCCCCUCCAAUGGUGAUGGUGAUGGUGAUGGUGGUGAUGGGGAUGGUGGUGAUGGGGAUGGUGGUGAGUUGACGGCACUGCAGGUGGUGAAACGUCUCUGCCAGCGCCACGAUAUCACCGCCAUCUCCACCUGUCUUGUCAGCAUUAUAAGGGCCAUCGGACAUCUCCACAAGGCACCUCAGGGCAGCACCGAGGGCUUGCUGGAGUGCCACCCUCUCUACACGCUGGCACAGGAGACCCUUGGCACUCUCACCCAGUCCACCGCCUCCCCGCCCCUCCUCCCCCACCCCCCCCUCUCCAUAUGGCACCUCGCAGCUACUAUUGUCAUGUUGUCGCCUGACGUGUGGCACAUCUGCUCCCUGAUCUCCCUGAUGCUGCGGCCCGGCUCGCUCUUCUCUCCAUGUGAGGUGGUGGAGGCGCUCUACUCCCUGGCCCUGUUCUUCCUCCACGCCACCUACACGGACUCCAUCAACCUCCCAACGCGAUACCACUACCAGCUCUUCUAUGCUCUCUACCUGUACGAGAACGAGCGGUCGGUGGCGCCCCUAGAGCAGCCACCAGUGAGAGUGGAGAGGCCAAGGCUGGUGGGGGCAGGCAGUGCUAGGGGGGGCCAGGGGUCAGCGUCGGGUCAGCUGUCCAUGGAGCAGUUUGUCCAGCGCACCUCUGCCCUGCAGCACACACAUGAACAGCUGCGUAUCAUUAGCCACCCCUUGGAGCCGGAGCAUACAGUGAAGAUCGUGGCCUUCGCAGGGACGGGCAAGACCACCACCUUACUCCAGCUGUGCAAGCGACGGCCAGACCAGCGGUUCUUCCUGGUGGUCUACAACAAGUCCGUCCAGGAACACUGCGCUCGCAUCUUCCCGCGCAACACCACCGUCAAGACAGCACACGCCCUGGCCUUUGCUGCCAUCGGAAGGAGGUACACAGCUGUUGGGAGGUUCACAAACAACCUAACAGCUGGCACCAUUGCAAGCUUCCUGGAGACCAAAAAGGAUGCAGGUAACAGGUUCACACGCGCUGCACUCGUCAACAACACAUUACAGAGGUUCCUGAAUUCAGCUGAUGCGCACGUCAGUCUGCAGCAUGUCCCAGAGACGAGUAAGGACGGGAACCCACUGGAGGACAACUAUAGGCUAAAAAUUUUGUUGACCGACGCCGAGGCUGUGUGGGCCGAGAUGACGCGCUGUUCCCCGUCACAGACCCUCUCCAUGACACAGGAGGGACAACUCAAACUGUGGCAGCUGAGUCGCCCAAAGAUUCCAGCCUGUGAUGUUUUGAUGGUGGACGAAGGGCAGGACAUGAACCCCCCCAUGCUGGCAGUGUUCCUCGACCAGCCGUGUGCCAAGGUCAUCGUGGGCGACCCGUACCAGCAGAUCUACUCCUUCCGCGGCGCCAUCAACGCUCUCGAGUCCGUGCCCUCCACCCACACCUUCUUCCUCACCCAGUCGUUCCGCUUCGGGCCGGAGAUUUCCUACAUCGCCAGCUGCAUCCUCGAGUCCCUGGCCCUGGCUCGCCGCCGCACACUGGUCGGGGGGAACAAAAGAGACGCGAUCAUGACCACACCCAUGCACACUAAGCCCUCGAAGUCCCAGGGAAGACUCCGAAAAGCGUAUUUAGGCCGCUCGAACUUGGAGGUCUACGUGGCGGCUCUGGAUGUGUGCCAACGUGAGGAGAACGCACACCUCCGAUUGGCAUUCGCAGGCGGUAUUAACAACUAUGGGCUGGAUGUGGUACUAGACGUCUAUCACCUGUCCAUUGGCAAGAAACACAAGAUCAAGAAGCCCUUCAUAGCCAAGUCGUCAUCGGUGAAAGCUCUACUUAACUACGCUGACAAACUGGAUGACAAAGAGCUGUUCAACAAGGUCAUGAUGUACUCCUAUAGCCUGGGGGAGACGCCACGCCACAUCCGGAUACUCAAGGAGAGGUGCUCGGCGAAACAAGACGUGGCGGACAUCACGUUCUCGACCAUACACAAGGCUAAGGGGCUCGAGUGGGACCAUGUGGUGUUGCUGGAUGGGUCAAACUUUGCAACAAUCCUCGAGGGGUUUGGCGAGUCACUCCCACGACACACGAUCCCGAGAGAUGAGUUGAACCUUCUGUACGUCUCGGUGACUCGUGCCAAGAAACUCCUGACUGUCAACGCCCCGAUUCUCCAGGUCCUGCGGCUCUCCCGGGAACGCCUGGAGGUGCUGGUGGCCGGGGCGGAGGUGGGGAGCAGCAAGUGUGUUCAGUGUGAGGAUGAGAUCGACGGGGGAGAGAUGACGCUCGUGACGAAGGUGAGCGAUCUCCUGCUGAGUGAGUUGAGGUACCUGUCCGGGGGUCACCUGUGCCAGCGCUGCUCCUGCGACCCACACUACUCCCCCUUCUACCAAGACCCGGACUCAGUGGUCUUCCGCUUGAUGCCCCGCACCGAGUACUCACGCAUGGCCCGGGCAGUGCUGAUCACCGGCCAGCCCUCACAGGACUAGGCUCCCACACACCACAACAACCCUGGCUGCCUCAACACAGCCCCCACUCCCCCACGGCAACAACUUGCUCCUCACCAGUCUGACCACUGCACUGCCCGACUUUUUUUUUUUUUUUUUUUUUUUUUUUUUU